AAGCCCCGCCCCCUUCUCAGGUUUCAAUCAACUGAGACCCAAAAAACUGCUUCAUUUCUGAUUUUUGAGUCAGAGUUGAAUACUUCACCAUAUUUAAGGUGCUUUUAAAAAAUAUUUUAAUGUACAGUAGUAUCUCAUAGGAUAGUAUGUAGAGUCAUAGGGAACUGUGGAGUUUUUUGUUUGUUUUGUGUGUUUUAUUUUCUUUUUUUUACCUUUAUGAUACUGUAAAAAUAUAGUAAUUCAUAGUAUAGUGUCUGGCGUCAUAGUACAGUAUGGUAUAAUGUAGUAUGUGAUGUCACUGUCCAGAAUGAGGUGUCAUAGAAUAGUUACCUCUACCCCUCUACCUCUACCUCUCUACCUCUACCUCUAUCCCUCUACCCCCCUACCCCUCUCCGCUACCCCUCUAUCCCUCUAUCUCUACCCCUCUACCCCUGUACCCCUUUGUCCCUCUACCUCUACCCCUCUAUCCCUCUACCCCUCUAUCCCUCUACCUCUACCCCUCUACCUCUACCUCUCUACCUCUACCCCUCUACCUCCACCUCUACCCUUCUACCGCUACCUCUCUCUCUGUCCCUCUACCUCUAUCCCUCUACCUUUCUACCUCUAUCCCUCUACCUCUACCUCUACCCCUCUAUCCCUCUACCCCUCUAUCCCUCUACCUCUACCCCUCUACCUCUCUACCUCUACCCCUCUACCUCCACCUCUACCCUUCUACCUCUACCUCUCUACCUCUACCUCUGUCCCUCUACCUCUAUCCCUCUACCUCUCUACCUCUACCCCUCUAUCCAUCUACCUCUACUCCUCUACCUCUACCUCUCUACCUCUACCCCUCUACCUCUAUCCCUCUACCCCUCUACCUCUACACCUCUACCUCUAUCCCUCUACUUCUACCUCUAUCCAUCUACCUCUACUCCUCUACCUCUACCGCUCUACCUCUACCCCUCUACCUCUGUCCCUCUACCCCUCUACCUCUAUCCCUCUACCCCUCUACCUCUAUCUCUCUACCUCUAUCCCUCUACCUCUACCCCUCUAUCCCUCUAUCCCUCUACCCCUCUACCUCUACCCCCUACCUCUACUUCUAUCCCUCUACCUCUAUGCCUCUACCUCUACCCCUCUAUGCCUCUACCUCUACCCCUCUACCCCUACCUCUCUACCUCUACCCCUCUACCCCUCUACCUCUGUCCCUCUAUCUCUACCUCUCUACCUCUUCUGUCCCUCUCAACCCGUCCGGCCAGCAGUAGAUGGGUCCCCCACAUAAAGAGCUGGGUUCUGCUCAAGGUUUUUUUCCCUGUUAAAAGGGUGUUUUCCUUGCUCCUGUCGCCUUUUGGCUUGCCCUGGGGGUCAGGCAUAUGGUUUCUGUAAAGCGUCUUGAGACAAUUUGACUGUAAUUGGCACUAUAUAAAUAAAAUUGAAUUGAAUUGAAUUGAAUUGAAUUGAAUUGAAUUGAAUUGAAUUGAAUUGAAUUGAAUUGAAUUGAAUUGAAUUGAAUUGAAUUGAAUUGAAUUGAGGGCUGCACAGUGGUGUAGUGGUUAGCACUUUCGCCUUGCAGCAAGAAGAUCCCUGGUUCGCGUCCCGGCUUUCCCAGGAUCUUUCUGCAUGGAGUUUGCAUGUUCUCCCUGUGCAUGCGUGGGUUUUCUCCAGGUACUCCGGCUUCCUCCCACAGUCUAAAAAUAUGUUGAGGUUAAUUGUUCAGUCUAAAUUGCCCGUAGUUGUGAAUGUGAGAGUGAUUGUUUGUCUAUAUAUGUAGCCCUGCGACAGACUGGCGACCUGUCUAGGGUGUCCCCUGCCUUCGCCUGAGUCAGCUGGGAUAGGUUCCAGCCCCCCCCCCCGCGACCCUAGUGAGGAUUAAGCGGUGUAUAGAUAAUGGAUGGAUGAAUUGAAUUGAAUUGAAUUGAACAGAAUUGAAUUGAAUAGAAGCGUGACUGAAAUGUGCCUUCAGACAGCAGAUGAACAGAACGGAGGGCUUUAAAAACAUCAGACCAGCUCUGAUCAGCUGCUUCCUGCUUUCAGCGAGGGUCUUCAUGCCCUCAGAUUCUCUCCUUAAUCCAACCCGAACCACCUGAACGUGUUAAUGACUGACACUAAGCCCAAGAGGAAAUACAAUCUUUAUUCAUGGUAGAUUUGAAUGAAAAAUGGUCAUGCGGACAUAUGAAAAUAUUUGACUCACCAUCGAUCAAUAGAUGUUUAAACUAUGAGCACAUACAGCUACAGUCAUGUUUAUUCAUGUUAGCUAAAUGCUAACAGCUAAUUAGCUAUAAUUCAACUGUAGUCCAAGAUGCUGGUGAUGACAUCACUGCUUAAGAAGAACUAGGAUGAUGUCAUCAGUGAGUGAAGGGUGUGAUGAUGUCAUUAUGAGCAGGGUCCGUCAUUCACAAUCAAAAUGUCAACGUUUUUCUCCCUAAAAAGAAAAAUCAGUAAUUAGCAGUCAGUUAAAGAAGGUUUUGAAUCAAAGUAACUGCUUCUACCUGUGCACAGGUGUGAAGAGCAGAUUCACAGUUUCCAAACAAACCAUGUUUAAGCAUGAAUUAGUUCUCAAUAAGAACAAUCAAAUGAAGACUCUUCAGAGGCAUAUUUUAACAAAAGCACCCCAAAGCUUCCCUGAAUGACCUGUAGCCAGACGUGCUGCAGGUCAGUCUGAUGGACCUGACCAUCAGGAGUUUAAUAGCAACCAGGAUCAUUUCAGUUUCAUCCUUUGACAUUUUACCAGGUGCAGCUAACAGAGUGAGUUGUUCUCUGGUGGUGUGAAGGGUUGGGUUCCUGCACUCACAGUCUGGCCACACACAGAGAACAUUCGUUGGGGUAGGUGAUGCCGUUGCUGCCGCAGACUGGAGAGUAGCUCAGAGGACAGGCCUGAGUCACGGUCAUCCCCACACAGGAGGGCUGCACACAACACAAGACUAGUUAACAAACACAAGACAAGCUGCCAUCAAAGCCAGCGUAAGCUCUGGUCAGGACUGGAGAUACUGGGACCGAGGCCAGAGCCCACAAUCUGAAGGUUUACAACUCAGUAUUCAAACCAGAUUAUUCAGAAUUAUGGCUUUAAGGUUCCUAGGAGGAAAUCUUUGAAACACAUCACUAAAAAACAGUCAAACAUUUGAUUUUUUCAUAGAUUUAUUACAGGUCUUCUGGAAAUAUGACAAAAUCUGUUGGGUCAGAUACAUACAUACUCUAUCAGCUCUGGUGAUGCAGAAAAUUGUGUUACCACAUUUAUUUGUGGCCUCUUAGAUUCUCAUGGGUGAUUACAAUUAACUACAGCUGCUGACUCCUUAGACUCAGUCACAGGAGCUCAGCAAAGAUCUGAAAAAGUAACUUUUUGACUUGAACAGCUCAAAAAAUGUCACUUGGAGCCAUUUCAAAGCAGCUGCACAUCCCAAAUCUGUGCAAACAUCUGUUUGUCGGUACAAAGUUCACGGUCCAGUUGUGUUACUGCCACAGCCAGGAAGAAAACACAAACUAUGACCUGCUGCUGACUGACAGCUGGUCAGGAUGGUCCAGAAUCAACCAGAAACCAUUAGUGAGAAGCUACUGGAACUCAGCUGUCAGGGUUUACAUCAACAUGAGCUGAGAGGCUGCUGUGAAGACGAAAACCUUUCCUCUAAAAGCAGAACCUUAAAGCUCCUCUGGACUUUGCUGAUCACAUAGACAAAGAAAAUGCUCUCUGUAGGAAUGUUCUGUGGUCAGUUGGAACAAAAACUGAGCUAUAGAGCCAUAAUGAACCAAAAUAUGUUUGGAGGAGAGAAGGUGAGGCCUUACCUUCCAACACCAAACCUUCUGUCAAGCAUGGUGGUGGCAGUAUUAUGCUCUGGGUUUUGGUACCAGUUGAACUGGGCCUUUACUCAAGUAAAUUAGAUGAUGAAGGAGGAGGAUUACCUCCACAUUCUUCAGGAAAACCUAAAAUCUGCAGCCAGAAGGUUGGGUCCUGGAUGCGGGUUUGAUGUUCCAACAAGACAAUGACUCCAAACAUAUCAAAGGUGGUUUAGAAAUGGUUAAAUUAGGCCGGAACUGAGGUUUAAGACUGGUCCUUAAAGUUCUGACUUAAACCCAAUGAGGAAUCUGUGGACUGUGAUGAAGAAACCAGAUUGUGUCCUUGUUUCCAUAAUCUCUACAUCACAUUUUCAGAUUGGGGAAAACUUUAAAGAAACCUUAAGAGACAUUAAAAAGUAAUGUCAUUGUUCAAUACAUUUACUUUUAAUUUAACUGAGAUUUAAUUUUUAAAAAGAUUCACCUGAGCUGCUUUAGGAUCAUGGAGUGUAUUCAAAUAACAGAGAAAAAACUAUACUGACAAUAAGAGGUUUGUCUCUUACCCUCCUGUAGAGCCUGGACUUAUCCUCAGCAUCUGAAACAGAAACAAUCACAUUAGUUCCCAUGGAGAUCCACUUUUAUCUGGACUGGUUGAGCAGCUUCUCAGAAACUGUCGUCUAGACUGAAUAAGAUCUAAGAAACGACUGACUAACGAGUUAUUUAAUACAUGAAGAUGCACAAAUACAACUAGAGAAAUGACUGAGCAGAUGUUUCUACACCUGAUACUGUUUCUACACCUGAUACUGUUUCUACACCUGAUACUGUUUCUACACCUGAUACUGUUUCUACACCUGAUACUGUUUCUACACCUGUGUCAGGCCUACUGCUACAGGCUCCAGGUAGUGCUCUCCCCUUCCCCGAUCCUUUCUAUUUUGAUCAGGUGUGCUGGGCACAGAAGCUGCGGCGGCAGGUGUGGGAGAUCAGCAAUCAGCAGAAGCACGAGCAGGUGGAGCUUGGCCACUCAGACUCCCCUCAGCUGCAAUAUAGACUGACUCCACUCACCACUUGUCGCUGGACUGUGAACAUCUCUCAUCUGGAUUCCUGCCUGCUCGUGCACCACUUGUCCCUCGUCUUCAUGGAUCCUCUGGUUACUGACUGUUCUCCGCUACUCUGAAUUCCACCAGCCGACCUCCACCUCACUCCCUCCAGCUCUUCUGAAAUCUCUUACCUGAUCUGCCACCCUAACCUCCUUCCCUCUGACACCAGCCCCAGCCUGUCACUGCAGUUUCCAGCCACCACGUUCAUCUCCAGCUGCCCACCAGUCCUCUCUGCUGCCCCCAGCUCGUACCACCUCAGCGUGAAGGCUCCCCCCGGUUCUCCUGGUUCCAUUCCCUCCUAUCAGCGAAGUCCCACACCUGGUAUUCCAGACUAGUAUUGCGUUCUUUGAUGUCUGUAUUAAUAUUUGGUAUCACUGUAGUCUCGAGUUACUAUUUCCUGGAAGUCUUGUUUUCUUGUCCAGUGAGUGUAGUCACUCUUCAGUACUAUUAUCUUGUUUAAUCUUAGUUCUGAGUAUUUCCUAAGGUCUGUUUCUCCUAGUUGGUUCCUAGUGAGUGAAAUUGCUCUUCCGCAUUAGUUGCCCCUGUUGUUCAGAGUAAUUCUUAGAAUCUGAAUUCUUGCCUUUGUGUUACCACGCUUCUGAAUUUGUCCUGUUGUUCUCGCUCAUUAGAGGUCUAUAUAGUUUGACUUUCCUACCUAGGUUGUACCUUCAGUGGGUUAGUUGUUCCUGCAUUCAAUUUUCCCCUCCAGUCCAUUAAGGGCUCUCUGGAGUUAUUUAAGUUUAGGAACCUGUUUUGUAAACCCCUUCUGGUUGUGGUUUUCUGGUUACAUUGUAAUCCUGAGUUCUUGUAUUCUGUUCUGUAAAAAUAAAAGUCUUUAUUUUACUGUA